UUUUUUUUUCUGUGGAUAUUUAGAAGAAGAAUUUUUGGUUUGUCGAUUCCCCACCUUCCUCUCCCCUCGUCCCUCCCCUUUCCCCUCCCCCUUCCCCUCCAACGCCGGGGGCGGAUCUACCCGCCGCCGCCUGAAUCCCUUCCCCCUCCUCCCGCCACUAGGGGACCUGCGCCGCCGUAGCCGUUUCCCUUCUUCCUCGCAAACAGGUCACCAGGUCUCCUCCCUCCCUCCCUUUGAGAUUUUGAAGUAAGGAGAGAGGCCGAACCAUGGGGAAGAGAAAGGCGGCUGCUAAGCCACCACCUAGGAAGAGGAUGGACAAGCUCGAUACCGUCUUCUCCUGCCCAUUCUGCAACCAUGGGAGCAGCGUUGAGUGCCGGAUUGAUUUGAAGAAUCUGAUUGGUGAGGCUAACUGUCAAAUCUGCCAGGAAAGCUUCAGCACCACUGCAAAUGCGCUGACUGAACCUAUUGAUGUAUACAGCGAAUGGAUCGAUGAGUGCGAGCGCGUCAACACUGUUGAAGAUGAUGAUGGUGCAUGAGCAUGUGUAACUAUAAUACUCGUAUGGCCUCAAUGUGUUGAUGUCAUUUACUGCCACCGUCAGCCAUAUCUGUAGUAGCAUUGUAACAAUGUACUGGCCGAUCGAAACGUUAGUAGGCAGUUUGUCCCGUGCUUAAUACACAACCGAUGAUAUUGUGUACCUGUAUUUGUAAACCUUGAUAUAGCGGCUGAGAUUACACCUAAUCUCGGUACCUGCAAAGAAUUUAUACUUAUGCUA